GGGCAGAAGUGAAGGUCGUCCCCGGAGCGCGUGCGGCCCCAGGUUAACUCUUUGCCAGGGAGUUGACAGCCCACCAGUCGUCCCUGGCAAGCGGACCACCAGGACGCACCCACCACCUGUCCGCUCCCGGAAGACAUUCUCCUUCCUCCAGUAAGGCGGGGUAACGACGAUGAGAGUGGCGGCUGUGAUGAUGCUGCUGGUGGCGGCGGCGGGGGUGAUGGGGCAGGAGGCCGACGUCCCGGUGGUGAACACAGAACAAGGCAGGAUCUCUGGCCAGAAGGAACAGUCUCUCAAGGGAGCCACCUUCUACUCCUACAAGUCCAUCCCUUUUGCCCAGCCUCCUGUUGGAGCCUUGAGACUGAAGCCACCCGUGGAGGCCCCUAGCUGGGAUGGGGUGCGUGACGGCUCGGUCGACCCCCCCAGUUGCAUUCAGGUGCCCAUCUUCUCAUUGUUUGGCGGCAAGAAUGAUCUGAUUGGCUCGGAAGACUGCCUCUACCUGAAUGUGUUCACACCCUCGGAGCCGGGCAGCAGCAGGAGAGACCUGCCAGUGAUGGUGUUCAUCCAUGGCGGCGCUUUCUACUGUGGCAGCGCCGGCGAGUACCCUCCCUACGUGUUCCUCAACCAUGACGUGGUACUGGUGGUGCUACAGUACCGUCUGGGGAUGCUAGGUUUCCUGUCCACGGAGGACGACGUCAUCCCUGGUAACUUCGGGUUACUGGAUCAAUCCCUGGCGCUGCGCUGGGUGCAGAGCAACAUCCACCAUUUCGGUGGCGACCCACAAAAGGUCACUAUCUUCGGGGAGAGUGCCGGCGCCGCUUCCGUCAACUACCACAUGUUGUCACCCAAGUCCCAAGGCCUCUUCUCGCAAGCCAUCAUGCAGUCGGGGUCGGCCCUGAGCCCGUGGUCGUACGGGUGGUCGUACAGAAAGGUGGCCCACCACGCGGGUCGUGCCCUGGGCUGCGCGGACACCAAACACAGCCAAGACCUUCUCACCUGUCUUCAGGGGGCCGACGCUCACAAAUUAACUUCAAUUCUGAUUGACCAUUUCGAUUAUCUUAGCGGACCUCUGAUACUGGCGCCGCGGGUGGAUGGGGACUUCUUGCCGGCGCAGCCAGCGCUGCUGCUGAAGGAGGGCAAGCAGAGCAGGGUGCCUGUCAUCACUGGCAUCACGUCACACGAGGGGGCCCUGUACGGCGCACAAAUCUACGGGAACAAGUCACUUCGUUCUGAACUGAAAGACAAUUUCGCCACGGCCGGGUUGUCCUUCUUGGAGAUCAGUCCAGACGACGAGACCCCGCUUGACCUGGCCACCAGGAUCUUCCAUCACUACCUGGGCGGCGUCAACCUGGAGGAGGAGAACGCCGACCAGGUCGUCCAGAUGCUCAGUGACCGAGGCUUCGUUGUUGGACACGAGUGGGUGACGAGACUCCAUUCCAAGGUGGCCGCCACCUACACCUACGAGCUUACCUACAGCGGCCAGCUCAGUCUUACUAACUUGUUCCCGGGGUUCACUUUGGAUAAGAAAUGGGUGAGUCACGCCGACGACCUCAUCUACAUGUUCCACGGUGGUCCACUGUUCACCAUCUUACCCAUCUCCACCCCGGAAGACCAGCGCGUGCGCGACAUCUUCACCCAACUCUGGGUGAAUUUCGCUGCUACAGGGUCGCCUACACCUGAUGCCUCUCUCGGCUUCACAUGGUCUCCUGCUACAUGCUCCACCCCUAACCACCUCAACAUCAACCUCACGCCCUCAAUGGUCGAGAAUUCCCGCAAGGAGAUGAUGGAGUUCUGGGCAACACUGCCCACCAAGGAGAACCUCAUACUCGACCCAGAGCGAGUGGUGUUCACAGAGGCGUCAGAGAACGAGAUAAAACAGCAAGAAAGAGAGGAGCUGUAGGCAAGGACAAGAGAACCAUCUAUAGGAAGACUCAAGACCCAAGAGUUCCCUUAAAAGAGGAGCUGUUUGUCAAGUGUGAUCUCGAAGAGUGAAAUUGAACUUAAAAUUGAGUACUCUUUAUGUAUAUAUAUAAAGUACAUUGAUGUAAUUAUUGUAGGCUUUAUCAACAUAGCCUAACCUUAUAAGACAAAUUAUCAAAUAAAAUUAACGCCAAGCCUUUGGGCUACAGUACAAGUACGUCAGGCAACUAUGCUGCAGAUGUGUUCAGAAUGGUAAUAACUUAUUAAGAACGUCUGUUCAAUAAACCUAACAUAAGC